AAAUAAUUUUGAGAGAAUAAGACUAAAGAAAGACUAAAUACCAAAAUCAGAAAAAAAAAAAAAGAAGGUAAGGUUCUUCCUUGAUCCCACAAGGAAAUAUAACGGAAGUCCGAAGAGAUCAUCAAAGUAUCACGUCGCCGUCCUCUUCCUCUGGUUUUGCAAAGAGACACAACAAUGGUUGAGCGUGGUAAUAAGAGAACUCACAACCGUAACAACAACAACGAUCACAACAACAACAACAGGAACCAGAAGAGAAGACUUUCACACCAAACCGAAGAAAAACUCAACAAAGACGAUCUCGUCGUCUACAGGAUCCUCUGCCCUAGCGGAGUCAUGGGAAGCGUGAUAGGCAAGAGCGGCAAAGUAAUCAACACGAUCAGACAAGAAACCAGAGCCAGAAUCAAAGUCGUUGACCCUUUCCCAGGCUGUACCGAAAGAGUCCUAACGAUCUACUGCACGGUCAACAACAACGACAAGAAAGACAUUGCUGAAAAAAUAGAGAAGAGCGACCAGAUCACCCCUUUGUGUUCUGCUCAAGACGCUCUCCUUAAACUCCACCACGCUAUUGUUGCUUCUUUGGCUACCGCUGCUGAGAACUCUAAGAUAGAUAGAGAUGAUAUUAGAGAGUGCCGGCUUUUGGUACCGACUAGCCAGUGUUCUAACGUGAUUGGUAAAGCUGGCUCGACGGUUAAGAAGGUUAGGAGUAGUACCGGUGCUAACGUUAAGAUUGUGUCCAAAGAUGUCUCGGAUCCUUCACAUGCUUGUGCUUUGGAUUUUGAUAACAUUGUUUCGAUAUCUGGAGAGGCUGAGUCUGUGAAGAAAGCUCUUUUUGCUGUUUCUGCAAUCAUGUACAAGUUUAGUCCUAAAGAAAAGAUCCCUCUUGACGCAACGGUUCAAGAAGCUCCUGCAAGUAUUAUAAUCCCAUCUGAUCUUUCCAUCUAUCCGCAAACCGGUUUAUACCAGAAUCAGGAUCCUCUCUUCCAGCAUGGAGCCAAUGUUCCAUCCUUUAUAGGGACACUACCACAGGGUUAUGGAGAAUUCUCUUCUUCUGCUCUUCCUGUGGUUCAUCAUGGUACUUUUGGUGGUGGGUCUUCUAGGCAAGAAGAGUUGGUUGUGAAAGUUCUGUGCUCUUCUUCUAACAUCGGUCGAGUUAUCGGUAAAGGAGGUUCGACCAUUAAGGGGAUAAGACAAGCGAGCGGGUCUCAUAUCGAGGUGGAUGACUCAAGGGCAAGGGCGAAUCAUGAUGAGGACUGUGUUAUCAUUGUGACUUCUAAAGAGUCUCCUGAUGAUUUGAAGUCUAUGGCGGUUGAGGCUGUGCUUUUGCUUCAAGAGAAGAUUAACGAUGAAGACGAUGAGAAACCUAAGAUGCAGCUCCUUGUGCCUUCCAAGGUGAUUGGGUGCAUUAUAGGGAAGAGUGGAUCGAUCAUAAGCGAGAUUAGGAAGAAGACAAACGCUAAUAUUUAUAUCUCGAAAGAUAAUAAUAAGCCUAAGUGUGCUGAUCCUAAUGAUGAGCUCGUUGAGAUAUCUGGUGAAGUAAGCAAUGUGAGGGAUGCUCUUAUUCAGAUUGUUUUGAGGCUUCGAGAUGAUGUUUUAAGAGAUAGAGAGACGACUGGUUCAAGGAACCAACCUCCUCCUGCAAGAUCUGAGAAGAGUAGUUUCUUCUCUUCUUCAGGGAGAAGUAGUAAUGCUGCUCUUGCACUAACUCCAUCUUUCAUAUCUUCUGUUCCGCAAGUUUCUUCUGUAGAUUUUGAUAGGAGACCAGAGCCAGGCAUGCUUUCUUCGAGCGGUGGUGGACUCUAUGGUUAUGGAAGUUUCCCGGUGGGGAAUAACAGUUAUGAAUCUAACUCUUCAUACUCAUCCAGUAGAUAUGGAGGGUUGCCUCAGUCUACUACAAUGGAGAUUCGAAUCCCGUCCAAUGCAGUGGGAAAAGUAAUGGGCAGAGGAGGAGGCAACUUGGACAACAUAAGAAGGAUAUCAGGAGCUAUGAUAGAAAUUUCUGAUUCAAAAUCUUCUUCUCAUGGUGAUCGCAUUGCUCUCAUUUCCGGAACAUCUGAACAGAAGCGUACCGCAGAGAACUUGUUCCAAGCUUUUAUCAUGUCCACCUGAACAGUUUGCUUGCUCUUGCCCCUCGAAAUCCUCUUAUCUAUCCAAGGAAGUGUGUUCCUGUCUUUCUAGCUCUCUCUCUCAAUCCUUCCAUCCAUCCAUCCAUCAAGCUCAUGUUUGAUUAUGGUUGGAUCUGUAUUCUGUCAUCAGACUUCACCUCCAUCCGGUAACGUUUAUAGUUUCUCGUGCUAUAGACAUCUUAUAGUACAAUUCUUUCUCCCUUCCCUUGCGAGCUGUUCGCUCAAUAAAUGAUUAUCUCUGUGCAAUAAAAAGACAAAUCGUUUCUUAUUUUA